AUGUUAUCUAUUGCUGAAAGUAAACCUAAAAAACCAAUGUUAUUACUUGAUACUUUUCGUUACACUCAAGACAAAAUUGUGAAUACUACUGUUUAUUGGAAAUGUGAAGAUCGUUCGUGUCCUGGGCGUGCUAUACAGUAUGGGUCGGAUCCACCAAGUAUGAAGAAACUGCACAAUCAUAGUGGUGAUGAAAAUAAACGUAAAGUUGAAGAGUUUAAAAUGAAUUUAAAACAACGUAUUGAAUCACCACAAUCGAUAAAGAAUUUAUAG